UUUAAACUAGGCUUUAUAGUUUGUCCAACAUUCAGUCAUCAAAUCUCGUAUAUUUUUUCAAGUCCUCCCAAUUUUCUAGUAGGCCUUUAGAUUUGAACGGGUACCCCGACAUUCGGACAAGUAACUAGGACUGCUUGCAUUCUUUUUGACUAGCCAAUCAGUUGGAUGUAACUUGUAAUAUGAUUUAAGUUAAAACUGAUUGAAGCCUGAUUGAUUGAUCUGAUAAAAAUAUUACAACACAUUGUAGUGGAUCGGCAGUAGAGCAAUUACACACAUCCAAAGCUCUUUCUUCAUCUCUGAGCUCAGGCAUGGUCUCAGUCCAAAUCCACCAAGUAUCCCACGUCGCCGUUUUCCCAUCUCCGGUGACAGAGACGGAGCUUCUCCUCCCCCUCUCCUUCUUCGAUGUCUCUUGGAUCUCAAUACCACCUAUCCGACGCCUACUCCUCUUCCCUGCUGCCCCUGACCUUCAUUCUCUCAAGUCCUCCCUCUCCGCCGUCCUCCGCCUCUUCUACCCACUCGCCGGUAAGCUCACCUACCUCCCUGCAACCGGCGACCUCGCCUUGUCCUGCUCCCCUGACGAUCACGUCACCUUCAUCGAAGCCGACUCGGAUGGUGACUUCACCCGUCUCGCUUCCGAUGAGAUCCACGACGUGGACUCGUUCCUUCGGCUCGUGCCGGAGCUGGACGUUAAGGUGUUGCCAGCGGCGGUCAUGGAAGUUCAGGUGACGAGAUUUGAUGGCGGAUCCGUCGCUGUUGGUUUGGCGAUCCAUCACGCGGUGGUGGAUGGCCGUGGCUUCUGGCUGUUCGUGCAGGCCUGGGCCAUGGCUUGCCGCGCCGGCGAGGAAGCGAUUUCCGGCGUUUCACUGGUCCACGAUCGAACAUUUAUCCGUCACCAUCCUCGCGGAGACAAGAUCGCGCGACGCCUCUUGAAGAAGAUGGCGCCGGAGCUUCCUAUUAUCAACACGCAAAGGCGAUUUGAAGCAACAAGAAGAACAUUCACAAUUAGCCGGGAUAUGAUCCGAUCCAUGAAACAACGAGCCAAAGAAGGCCGCAUCCAAUACUCAACAUUCGCAGCGCUCUCAGCUCUGACUUGGAUCAGUCUUAUAAAAACCAAAGCUAUGGAGGACCCUAAUGAGGAGACCAUUCUAGGCUUCUCUAUGGACUGUAGGACUCGCCUCAACCCUCCAUUGAAUGAUGGUUACUAUGGUAAUUGCAUCAGGGGCUGUUUUGCAAAAGCCAAGGCCGUGGAACUGGCUGGAAGUGCUGGAUUUUCAAUGGCUUGUAUGAGGAUCAAAGAAGAAAUAGAUGAGAGUUGUAAGGAUGUUUUGAGAGGGUAUGAGAAUUCGGUGGGUGGCUUCUUCAGGGAUGCCAAUUCUAUAUUUAUUCUUUUGAAUGGAUCUUCGAGUUUCCGGGCCUAUGAGACGGACUUUGGUGUGGGGCGGCCGAGCAGGGUGGAACCAGUUUCCAUGAGCCUUGACGGCCAAGUGGCGCUCAUCGGAGGGAGAGAAGAAGGAGAGAUUCAGAUGUCGGUGGCGCUCAAUCCUCCUCAUAUGGAGGAGUUCACAAAAGAGUUUUUGAGGGAACUCAAUGCUUGAUUCCCGAUCAUAUCAAUUGAAUAAAUAAAUAUUAUGUAAAUAAUGUAAGAGUGAGUGAUUAUUAUUAUUU